UUUCUUGGCUAUGGACUCAGCCUACGACAGCUCUGAUACGAGAUCGUCCGUUGUAGGUAGUGCUGAAUAUUCUGUUUAAGAAAUCCUAGGUCGACGUCGAAAAGUCUGCGAUCGACGCAUUAUAUUAGGAUGCGCUUACCGAUUCUAAUGUGAGACCCAACGUGAGCCUCGGGAACAAUCCCUAGGAGGUAGACAUGUCAGCUCAGCUUACAGAAUUCGAUCGUCGUGGUGACGUCAAACUCCGAAUCGGACAUGAUCACGAUUCGAAGGCCGUCGUCUUCACCGUCUGUUCCAGGUCUCUUGCGCGCGCGUCACCAGUCUUUGACCGCAUGCUGUACGGGAGUUUCUCAGAAGGGUGGUCCAAUCAAGCCAAGGAUGCUGAGGAUUGGAUCGUGAACCUCCCCGAAGACAAGCCUGCCGCGAUGGCAGUGCUUCUUUCCGUCACGCACGCACACUUCGAGCAGAUACCAAAGACGCCUUCCGUCGAUGAGCUGUAUGAUUUGACCGUGUUGUCGCACUUUUACGAUGUCACACGCACCCUAGGCCCCUGGUCAAAUAAGUGGAUGGCGACGGUAGAGAAGUUGGAGAGAGAAUCACGCGAGCUGAUGCCUAAGGUAUUAUGGAUAUCGUGGGAGAUGGGCUGGAAAAAUAAUUUCUCGGCUUUGUCCAGGAGGAUGGUGCUAGAGUGUGAGGCGGCGAUAUUUUCUACCAGCACGGAUCAAAUUCAAUAUCCGCCCGAUAUCAUCGAACGCAUCUCGAAGAUUCGUGUCCAGACGAUUCGAGCUCUGCUGGAUAUAUUUGGGGAGAUGAUCGAAAAUCUUGCUGUGGUCGACGAGAAACCAAGGUGGUGCCGCCACGCCGUUUGGAUGGGUCCGCAUAAGUGCGAGUCGAUGAUUCUCGGUUCCAUAAUCUUCUGCUUGAUAAGAGCGGGUCUUUGGCCGCUGCCCGACGCGGAUGAAGUAGAAGAAAGUGUGAUAGCCAUUUACUCUAAGAUGACCAACAUCAUCAUCCACGAUAUUGGCGCAGCCGAUAAUUCGCAGGUCGAUCAUAACGAGUGCAAUCCAGGACCGUUUCUAUUCGACCGAGUCCAGGCGGUAAUGGGCGAGAUACCAAAUCCUGUAACUACUCUCCAUUCAGAGUAUAUGGAGAAGCAGGUGCGAAAGUUUGAAUUGACAAAUUGUCGAGGCUGAGAUUACGGUGCGCUGUUAUUAACACGACCCGAUUUCGUUCGUGGUUGAUAUGUUAAUAAAUCUUUGAGUAAUCUUGCAACAUCGACUAGGACGACGAAAGCUUUGAGGUAUCUAAAUAGGUAUUAAGUAAGUCUAGACUGUCCGAUUGAAAGGGGCAGGAUAGCUUAUGCACUAUGUUAUAUGAAUCAGAGGUUCUAUCGUUACUUGAAUAUACCUACCUAACCUAGGUACUUAACAUGUGAGAAGUUAUAGCUUACUACAGCCAACCUCGAGACUAUUUCAGAUACAGUUGCUCAGUUGCUAUAAGCAUUGCCGUCUUCUGAAAGUUAGUCAAGCUCAAAGUUAUUAGCCUAGGUUAAUCU